CUACUUCCCUCUCUCUUUCUGUCUUUCCUGUCAUCAUUCAAUCAUCUCUCCAUCCACUGCAGGGAUGGCGGAGCUGGAGGGCUUUGAGUUCGGCAAGUCAGACUUCGUGCUCCUGGACGAGGUGACCAUGGAGCAGUUCCUGGAGAACCUAAAGCUCAGGUUCGAGAAAGGACGAAUCUACACGUUUAUCGGGGAGGUGGUGGUGUCGGUGAAUCCAUACAGGUCGAUGGACAUCUAUGGGAAGCAGAAUAUUGAUGCUUACAGAGGGAGAGAGCUGUAUGAAAACCCACCUCACCUCUAUGCAGUGGCUGAUGCUGCCUACAAAGCCAUGAAGAGAAGAGCGAAAGACACCUGCAUUGUCAUUUCAGGUGAAAGUGGAGCAGGGAAGACAGAAGCCAGCAAAUACAUCAUGCAGUACAUCGCUGCUAUCACCAACCCCAGCCAAAGGGAAGAGGUUGAGAGUGUGAAGAACGUACUCCUGAAAUCCAACUGUGUGUUGGAGGCAUUUGGGAAUGCCAAGACCAACCGCAACGACAACUCGAGCCGAUUUGGGAAGUACAUGGACAUUAACUUUAACUUCAACGGAGACCCAACAGGAGGACACAUCAACAACUACCUGUUGGAGAAGUCAAGGGUUGUCCAACAGCAAGAGGGAGAGAGAAACUUCCACUCGUUCUACCAGUUGUUACGUGGAGGCUCUGACGACCUGCUGAAAUCCCUCCAUCUUAACAAUGAUCCUUCAGAGUACUUGUACACCAAACAGGGCUCCUCAGUCACUUCUUCCACUGAUGAUUUAAAGUGUCACAGGGCGGUGAUGGGUGCGCUACGGGUGAUCGGCUUCAGUCAGGACGAGAUUGACUCCGUCUAUAAAAUCCUGGCCACCAUCCUCCUCCUGGGGAACCUGCAGUUUGUGACUGAUGGAGAGAGCGUGCAGUUGGUUGGAGGUGACACAGUGAAACACAUCUCUGAGCUCACGUCUUCCGAGGACGAGAGUGUAUAUAAAGCACUGCUGUAUCGUACGGUGGCCACAGGGGGCGGCGAGGUCAUCUCGAAAGGGCACAGCGAGCAGGAGGCCAGCUACGGCCGAGACGCUUUCGCCAAGGCUUUAUAUGAGCGGUUGUUUGGUUGGAUUGUUGGUCGAAUUAACAGUGUGAUCGAGGUGAAGAACUACAACCCAGCUCUGCAUGGCAAAAACACAGUGAUCGGAGUGCUGGAUAUUUAUGGCUUUGAAAUCUUUGAGAAUAACAGUUUUGAGCAGUUCUGCAUUAACUACUGUAACGAGAAGCUACAGCAGCUUUUCAUUGAGCUUAUCCUGAGACAGGAGCAGGAGGAGUACCACAGAGAGGGCAUCACCUGGCAACAUAUCGACUACUUCAAUAACCAGAUCAUUGUGGAUCUAGUGGAGCAGGCACAUAAGGGCAUCAUCUCCAUUCUGGAUGAGGCUUGCCUCACUGCGGGAAAAGUCACAGACACCGUCUGCCUGGAGAGCAUGAACAACAAGCUCGGCCAGCACCCUCACUACACGUCCCGCAAGCUGUGUCCCACUGACAAGAGCAUGGAGUUUAACCGUCAUUUCCGCAUCCGACACUACGCCGGCGAUGUCACGUACUCAGUUGAAGGAUUUCUGGACAAGAACAAGGAUCCACUCUUCCAGGAUUUUAAACGUUUGAUGUAUAACAGUUCAGACCCGGUGCUUAAGGACAUGUGGCCUGAUGGGAAGCUGAGCAUUACAGAGGUGACCAAGCGGCCACUGACUGCGGCGACGCUCUUCAAGAACUCCAUCAUUGCCCUGAUUGAUAAACUCGCCUGCAAGGAGCCGUACUACGUACGCUGCAUUAAACCCAAUGAGGUGAAGUCUCCAAUGCUGUUCGAUGAGGCGAGGUGCCGUCAUCAGGUGGCCUACCUCGGUCUGCUGGAGAAUGUUCGUGUACGCAGAGCUGGCUUCGCCUACAGACAGCCCUAUGAACGCUUCCUGCAGAGGUAUAAGAUGACCUGCGAGUACACGUGGCCUAAUCACCUGAUGGGAAGUGACCGCGAGGCCGUGGAGGCCAUCAUUGUCCAGCACAGCUUUGAGGAAGACGUGGCGUAUGGACAAACCAAACUGUUUGUGCGGACUCCUCGCUCCCUCUUCACUCUGGAGCAGGAGAGAGCUGCACUCAUUCCCAUCCUCGUCCUCUUCCUGCAGAAGGUGUGGCGUGGCGCCUUGGCACGGAUGCGAUGUCGGCGCAUGCGGGCGAUCUACACCAUAAUGGGCUGCUAUAAGCGCUACAAAGUAAAGGCUCACUUCUGGGAGGUGGAGAGACGCUUCGCUAACGUGCGCAACAUGGAGGACUACGGGAAGAGCGUGGAGUGGCCGACUCCACCUGCUGCCCUGCUACAGUUCCACAAAAUCACACAACACCUACAUCGCAGAUGGAGAGCGAGACGGAUUGUAAAGAACAUCCCUCCAUCCGAUAUGGCGGAGGUGCGGGCAAAGGUGGCGGCUAUGAGCGCUCUGAGUGGAGAGAGAGUGGACUGGGGACACAACCGAGCCUGGGAGAGAGACUACCUAGCCAACGCAAAAGACUCUCCAUUAACCAGCUCCAAUUUUGUGCGAAUCACCAAAGAGUUGAAGAACAAAGACCAGUACAGCCAAGUCCUCUUCUCUGGCUUUGUCAGGAUGCUGAACUGGUUCAAUAACACAAAGGACAGAGCUCUUCUCAUCACAGACAAGCACAUCUACAGACUAGAGCCCAAGAAGCACUUUAAAGUGCAGAAACGAAUAGCAAUCGAGACUGUUAUCGGUUUAAGUGUAACAAGUGGAACGGACCAGUUGGUGGCGCUACAUACUGCAUCUCACGAUGACUUGUUGCUACACCUGCAGAGGGGUCAGCUGGCGACAAAGCAGGACCGUGUCGGGGAACUUGUAGGGACGUUGUGUGAUCAUUUCGCACGGGUGAGAAAUAGUCCUCUGACAGUUAAAGUGUGCUCCACUGGCGUCCAAGUGCACCUGAGCGGAAAAGCCAAGACCGUGACGGUGGAGAUGAGGCCCGGGCAAUCCACGGUUGACUUCAAGAAAAGUCGCUCAGGAUUCACUUUACUGCUUCCUCCUUAGUGAAACGGUUCCUGGUUGGCCAGAAUGUCUCUGACCAUGAUGUAUGCGAUCAUUACAAUAUCAGGGAAAGAAUCUUCUCUCAGUGAGAAGAAGUGACUGCUGAAAUCAAGACUCUCAUAAGAAGGCACUUUUUAUAUGCAUAUUAAUCAAUUUUUGUUAGUAAAUGUGUUUAUAGCUUUUAAGGAGUGAACAUGAUGGCAGUAUUAUUGCUUUAUCAGGCCAAUUUUCUCACUGUUUUUAGAUUUAAAGAUUUUCAUAAUCAUAUGGAAAAAACUCGCUGUGCAAUUAGUCCUUGCCUAUUUAAUGCAUUGCUAUAGGAUGCCAUGUUCUUAAUAUGAUUGGAGCAGUAUUUAUAUAAAAAGAUAUAUUUUUGUUCACUGUAUUUGUAUAGACUGAUAAAUGAUCAUCCAUUGUUUUUAAACAUUAACAUCAGUAUUAAACAGUAACAUAUGUAUUAAAAGAUUAAAGGAGCUACUAUGUUCAACAUAAUUUUAUAAAAGAGAGAUGACGUUCAGUUUGGAACGCUCAUGGAAGGUUACAAUGCGUUAAAACACAGCAUUGUUGAAUUCUUAUAUCUGACUGGUCAGAAGGUGUUGGUUAAAUGACCAUAAGAGCAGCUCUGACAGUAGUGCCAGUUAUAAUUCAAAUCACCGGUUAAUAUUAAUGCACUCAUUCUAAUGUUAUUGUUUCUAUAUUAACUACAUUAUAGUCUGAUCACACCAUCCCUUCAUUUAUUGUUUUCCUAAAACACCAGUGUUUCAUUCCUUAAUUGACACUCCACUGACAGCUGUAUUGAAAGUUCGUUCCACUAAAUUUUUUUAUGUUGUCAUUUGUUUCAAAUGUGGGAAAAAAAUCACAAGAUGUACAAACAGCAAAACUAAUUAUUAAUAUGAUUGAGUUGCUCCAGUUUGUGACCUUCAAAAGAAUGAAGAGAAUAAAUAAUAUGCCAUUUGAUGA